CUCUCCCAGUUCUUCAACUGCGGCAAAACAUUGAAACGACUCGAACACAGAGCGAGCAAGAGAAUCACUUCUUAGAUCUGCUCACAUUCUUGGUCGUCUGGCUCGAAGUUUCGAACCGUGAGACCCUAGGCUUUCAAGCCAUGGACGGUGCGUGGAGAAAACGUGGGUCUUUGAUCGUCUUAGGAAUUGUCCUGUUCGGAUGCCUGUCAGCCUUUGCUAUAGCAAAAGAAGAAGCUACCAAAUUAGGAACAGUCAUUGGGAUAGACCUUGGUACAACCUACUCUUGUGUUGGUGUCUACAAGAAUGGUCAUGUGGAAAUCAUAGCCAAUGACCAAGGAAACCGUAUCACUCCAUCUUGGGUUGCGUUCACUGACAGUGAGAGAUUGAUCGGUGAGGCAGCAAAGAAUCAGGCGGCUGUGAAUGCCGAGAGGACCAUCUUUGACGUCAAAAGACUCAUUGGAAGAAAGUAA